AUGCAUUGUAAUAAUUCAAACAAUUCAAGUGAAGUAAUUAUUGCGAUAAAUGCGGGCUUAAAAAAAUUAAAAGAAUAUUAUGAAAAAACAAAUUAUAGUGCUAUAUAUUCUGUCGCGAUGGUGCUUGAUCCACGGUUAAAACUGAAUUAUUACAAAAAAAAGAAUUGGGAUGCUAAUUUUAUUAACGGCAUUAAAGAAACUGUUGUUAAUAUUUAUGAAAACAAUUAUAUGCCAAUUGUUCAUGAAACCGAUAGCGAUCAAGAGAUUGAUACAUUUAAUGAUAAUGACCUUUUAGAUGAUAUCUUUGGAAA